GUGCAGCGAUGGCCUCGUACCGUUCGAAUCCUGAAUAAAUUGAGAAAACGAAAGGGAUGGAUUUAAUCGAAAUGGAUAGUUAUCCUCUGCUCCAGGAUGAUUCUUCUGUGUGUAGUAGUGAUGAAAUGCUAUUAUACAAGCGACCAAUAAGAAAAGUGAAAGAUUCUACGACACAAUACAAGGAAUUAUCAGAUGAUGAAAAAGGAGAAAAGGUAGCAAUUCCUAGACACUUGGGAUUAGCAGGAUGCAUCUGGUAUAUUAUUGGUCAAGUCAUAGGAACUGGAAUCUUCAUCUCUCCAUCUGGUGUUCUCCGAGGCACUGGUGGAUCCGUGGGAUGGGCGCUCUUGCUAUGGAUCUUGUGUGCCAUCAUCCAGUUUUGUGGAGCUCUUGUGUACGCAGAGCUGUCCCUCAUCAUGCGCAAGUCUGGUGGGGACUUCACCUUCUUGCUGCAGGCUUGGGGACCCAUGGUGAGCUUCUCCAGGCUCUGGGUGACCACACUUGUCAAUCCCUGCUCCAUCGCAAUCCAGGCACUUGUCAUUGCAAAGUACCUUCUCACGCCGUUCUUCCAGUGUAUGGAGGAGCCACUUCUUGCCGUUCGAUUCAUCAGUAUCUGCUGCAUCCUUUUCAUAGUUUAUGUCAACUGCGUCAGCAUCAAGUUCUCUGCACGACUCACUGGUUUUCUCACUUUUACAAAGAUGUUUGGUCUCAUCGCAAUAUUCGUGUCUGGCAUAUACAACUUACAACAAGGUCAUACAAAGUAUCUUGAAAGUGCCUUCUCUUCUGGACAUCUUGAUGUUUCUCUCCUGCCUGUGGGUUUCUUCUCAGGACUGUAUGCACUAUCAGGAUGGGAAAUUAUUACAACUAUUACUGAAGAAAUUGACCGUCCAGUGAGAAACAUUCCUCUGAGUCUAUUCAUCUCCAUGGCAACCAUCACUGCUGUCUACCUCAUGGCCAACGUGGCAUACUUUACUCUUCUCUCUCCUUCCCAGAUGCUUGCCUCUGGGGCUGUUGCGGCAGACUACAGUGUGCUAGCUUUGGGGAACUGGUCUUGGCUUAUUUGGAUCUUUGUAGCAAUGUCUGCUCUUGGUAGUGCAAAUGCAAGUGUCAUUGCAAGAUCAAGGACUGUAUUUGUAGCUGCACGAGAGGGCCUCUUUCCUGAGAUCCUGUCCAUGAUAAGCUUGAAACACAGCACCCCUCUACCCAGCAUCGUCAUCCUACUCAUCGCCCUGAUGUACGUAGUCGAAGACGACGUCAUUGUCCUCAUCGAGUACACAAUGUUUGUUGAUCUUCUGUUCAUCUUGCUUACAUGCUGUAUCUUGCCAUACUAUCGCUGGAAGUACCCAGACAUCCAUAGACCAUUCAAGAUCCCUCUCUUUGUUGUUGGUAUCUAUAUCAGCUCUGUGUUAUUUCUCUUGGGAAUUGCAUUAUACUCUGAUCCAGUUGGGAAGUUGAUUGGUUUAGGGUUUGCACUCACAGGUCUACCGGUAUACUUUGCUUUCCUUCAUCCAAAGUACAAGCUAAAAUGCACUGCUGCAAUAUCAGGAAAGAUCACAAGGUUCCUUCAAAGAGUAUUCUUUUGUGUUCGACAAGAAAAGGAGACAUUCUAAGACAAUGGGUUCGCAACGGCUCUAAGUAAUCAUCAAUAUCGUGACCAAAAUAAAGUUUCAUCAAUCUGAUAUUCAAAGGUUUGAAUUCUUCACUGAAAUAUUUUCUACCUGUUUGACUAUAGAUUUUCAUAUAAGAUUUAUCACAAAUAUUGAAUUGGAUUUAAAUUUUCUCUUUUUGUAAUAUAUGUAUAGCUAUAUUUCUGUACAAAAUUACAUUUGAUAUUUUUCCACUUAUUUAUUCAAUUUAUCUGUCAUUAUUCAUGUCAUUUCAAUUCAAAUCAUUGAUUGA